GCGGGAGUUAACGCUCGCCCAGGAAGGGGAGCGGCCGCCCAGCAGCAGGAACUGCCCGCCGGAGCCAGGGGUUGUAACCAUGAAGCCAUCCACCAUGCUGCUGCUGUGAGAACCACACCAUCCUGCUCUUAAAACCCCUGCAAGGAAGGACACAGUGCUUUUCUGUUAACAAAGCAGAUAUUCCAUCCCAGUCUGACAACCAACAGUAAAUCCUGGGACUUUUGACACACUAAAAAUAAACAACUUGGGCACUGUGUUGCUCAACAUCAUUUAAAUAGACACUUCCAGCGAUGGCCUUGCUCCCGGUGGUGGUGGUGCUCAUUGCGACGCUGUUUCCAUCCUUGCCCACUGAAGGAAAGGAUCCAGCCUUCACUUCUUUGUUAACCACCCAGCCCCAAGUGCAAAGUGAGAUUGUGAAUAAACACAAUGAACUAAGGAAAUCUGUCUCCCCUCCCGCCAGCAACAUGCUUAAAAUGGAAUGGAGCAGGGAAGCAACAGUAAACGCACAAAAGUGGGCCAACAAGUGUACUUUAGAGCACAGUGAACCAGACGACCGAAAAACCAGUACCAAGUGUGGCGAGAAUCUCUACAUGUCAAGUGACCCUACUUCCUGGUCAAACGCAAUCCAAAGCUGGUUUGACGAAAGCCAAGAUUUCACUUAUGGAGUAGGACCCAAGACUCACAGCGCCAUCGUGGGGCAUUACACGCAGCUUGUUUGGUAUUCAUCUUACCUCGUCGGCUGCGGAGUUGCCUACUGUCCGAAUCAAGAUAGUCUGAAAUACUACUAUGUUUGCCAGUACUGCCCUGCCGGGAACAGCGUGAGCGCAAAGAACACCCCUUACAAGCAAGGACAGCCCUGCGCCAGCUGCCCGGGGCACUGCGAGCACGGGCUGUGCACCAAUAGCUGUGAGUAUGAAGAUCUCCUUAGUAACUGCGAGUCUUUGAAGAGCACAGCUGGCUGUGAACACCAACUGCUCGUGGAGAAGUGCAAGGCCACCUGCAGAUGUGAAAACAAAAUUUACUGAACCACCCACUGUGCAUAGGGCAGGGCAAAGGGGGAAGAGCUGCACCACUUGGGUGGGCAGUAACCACGGGAAAGUUCUCGCUAUGCUAGCUACCAAUUUGGUCCCACGCAGCAGUACUUCUCACUCUUGGGUAUUUAGAAAACCUGCUCUGUACAGCAGUGUUCAAAAGAAGCAUUAGCUAUGACAUCUGCAGACUUUGAUAGAAUUGCGAUUCUUUAAUGAUUCAGAUCAAGCUGAGAAUUUUCAAGGCUGUGCUCUCAUAGGACUUAGGUCCCUUGAAAUUUGGAUCAAAAUGAAAAUUGCUUGUCUCCUGAAGCACCAUGAUAAAAAAAAAAAAAAAAA